ACUCUUUCAUCUUCGACUCUCUCACGUGCUCCAUACCACUGCUUCUUCUUCUUCUUCUUCUUCUUCUUCUUCACGUGAUCUCCUCCGUUUCAGCAGCUCAGCGUCAUCGUCGCCUCCUUUUCCCGUUCAGUGCUGUCGCCGCCGUCAUCUUUCUUUCGCUCGUGCCGUUGCGGCGCCCCUCCUAGCGGUUCGCACUGAGUUUAUACUCCAUUGUUACUGCAACUUCCUCCGCAGAGACUGCAGUUGUAAUCUCUUUUCUUUCCCAGGAAACAAGCAUUAGCAGGAGCAAUUUGUUUUGCAGCCAAACUUGGGUGGUAGGCUGUAUUCGAGAGUUCAUAAAUGGCUGAGGACCCAAUGCAGUCGAUAUCUUCUCAAAAGAGAAGGCCAAAGAGGAAGAGAAUCCAGAAAGACCCAGAAUUGGACCGUCUCGAUUCACUCUCAUGGAAGUCAUCAAUCCCGAGGGACGACGCCUUGUCUGCUUUCAUUGGAUCCAACGAUCUCGAAGGAGGUUUUCUUUCGCUUGAGGAGAUUGACGAAGCUGAGUAUGGCCUGACAAUUCCAAAACCUGAAACAGUGAAACAGAAGUUGACAUCAACAGCCAGCAAAAAGUCAAAGAAAGGUGAGCAAGACAAUGUUGAUGGCUGUGGGGGUGCAUCGGGAGAUGGUGAGGGUAGCAUGAAUAAGGAAGAGGGGGACAAUAUGAAUAUGGAAACAAACAAAAAAGGGAAGAAGGAGAAGAAGAAGAAAAAGAAAAAGAAGAAAAACAAGGUCAAUAAUGAAGCCCCAACAAGUGAGGAAGAUGUGGGUGAAAUUAUAGGUGGCAGUGAUGGUGAUGGGAUCGAGACAGAGGUUGGAGAUGAAUUGGAUGGCGGUGAUGAUUUGGAGAUGGAGAAGAAGCUGCAGAAGGAAAAAAAAGAAACAAAGGAUCAUGGAAUUGAUAAAGAAAUCAAGGAUGAAGUUGAAAAGGAUGCAGUUGAUGAAACUGAAUAUUAUGCAUGGAAUGAGUUGAGACUUCACCCUUUGCUUAUGAAAUCGAUCUACAAACUUGGGUUUAAGGAACCUACAGCGAUCCAGAAAGCUUGUAUUCCAGCUGCUGCUUACCAGGGGAAGGAUGUUGUUGGUGCUGCUGAGACAGGAUCUGGAAAAACACUAGCUUUUGGAUUGCCAAUCCUACAACGUUUAUUGGACGAACGGGAAAAGUCUGGAAAGAAGUCUGAAGAAGAGGGAGUGGAUGCAGGAAGAUAUGCUCGCAGAAGUCUUCUACGGGCUCUUAUUAUUACUCCUACUAGAGAACUUGCUAUUCAGGUAACCGAUCAUCUCAAGGCAGUCGCAGUGGGUACAAAUAUUAGGGUGGUUCCAAUCGUUGGUGGGAUGUCCACUGAAAAGCAGGAAAGACUUUUAAGGAUGAGGCCAGAGAUUGUAGUUGGAACGCCAGGGCGGUUGUGGGAACUUAUGUCGGGAGGAGAAAGGCAUCUUGUUGAAUUGCAGACAUUGUCUUUCUUUGUACUGGAUGAGGCUGAUAGGAUGAUAGAAAAUGGGCACUUUCGUGAGUUGCAGUCCAUUAUUGAUAUGCUCCCUGCGGCAAAUUGUUCUACAGAAAAUUCACAAAAUGCAGAAAACUCUUCGACCAUUCCAAGUUCUCAAAGAAAGAAACGGCAAACACUUGUGUUUUCUGCAACAUUGUCACUGUCUUCUGAUUUUCGCAAGAAAUUAAAGCGUGGAUCAUCCAGACCUAGUCAAGCAGGAGGGAUGGAUGGUUUGAAUUCUAUAGAAGCUCUGUCUGAGAGAGCUGGGAUUAGACCUAAUGUUGCUAUUAUAAAUCUGACUAACACAUCGGUUUUGGCAAAUAAUCUUGAAGAAUCAUUUAUAGAAUGUAGGGAAGAAGACAAGGAUGCUUAUUUGUAUUACAUUCUGUCUGUUUAUGGAAAAGGCCGCACAAUUGUCUUCUGCACAUCCAUUGCUGCACUACGUCAUAUUUCUGCUUUAUUGUGCAUUGUUGGUAUCAAUGUCUUGACUCUUCAUGCUCAAAGGCAGCAACGAGCUCGCUUGAAGGCAAUCGAUCGUUUCCGUGGAAGGGAAAAUGGGAUACUGAUUGCCACUGACGUUGCAGCUAGAGGCCUUGAUAUUCCUGGUGUUCGAACUGUUGUCCACUAUCAACUACCACAUUCAGCUGAGGUUUACGUUCAUAGAAGUGGAAGAACAGCCAGAGCUUCUGCUGAUGGAUGCAGUAUCGCAUUGGUCUCUGCCAAUGAAACUUCCAAAUUUGCUACUCUGUGCAAAUCUUUCUCUAAGGAAAGCUUCCAGCGAUUUCCUGUUGAUAAUUCAUACAUGCCAGAGGUUCUAAAACGAAUGUCUCUUGCACGCCAGAUCGACAAGAUUAUGCGGAAGGAUUCUCAAGAGAAGGCAAAAAGAACCUGGUUUGAGCGGAAUGCAGAGUUAGUGGAAUUAGUAGUGGAUAACGAUGACAGUGAAGAUGAGAGAGCAAACAAUCAUAAGCAGAAGAAAUUUGGCUCCAUGCAGUUAAAGAAAUUGCAAGAGGAGCUCGACAAGCUGCUUUCCCACCCCCUGCAACCGAAAUCAUUCUCACACCGUUAUUUGGCCGGAGCUGGGGUCUCACCUCUUCUGCAACAUCAAUUUGAAGAGAUGGUCAAGCAGAACGGGACUGUUCAGAAUACGGGAGAUAACAAAAGGAGGAAGUUGGCUGCUAUUGGCCAAGAUCUUAUGGAACCACUUCAAGCACUUCGAACCGGUGGUCAACAGGUACAUAUGGAUGCAAAAGAGAUGGCUGAUAAACGGAAGAAAGUGGAGAACCUUAGGAGGAAGAAAAAAGAGGAGAAAAAACGCUUGCGUGAUCAGCGAAGAAAUAAACGGAAACAAAUGAAAGGCAAGAUUUAGAAGAUUGGCCAUUCUGGUAAACUGUGCAUUAACAAUUGAUUAGAACUUAUGAUAAGAUGUUCUUGAGUAAGUUAAAGAGUUUUUAGUAGAGUUCUUUUUUUUCUUAUAAAAACAAUUUGAACAAAAAAAAAUGCCGAUUUUGGUAAUC